UAAGCUGGUCACAAGACUGCAGCAGGAGCGAUCUGAAGUGGCCUUCUUCAUAUUCACCAAUGGAAGUACGCUGAGGUCAAACCUCACCCAACGCUACGUGGGUACUGACAGCGCGAUCCUACAGAUGGGCGACCUUCCACUGCUGACUUUCAAGAACCGCUCCAAACCCAUCGACGGCACGGCUUUCCUGCAUGAGCUGAGGGAUCUCAGAGAAAGUAUAAUCCCGGGAACGUCAAUGACCGCCACAGUGGAGUGGUACACCAGCGCAAACGCAGCUCUUCUCAACCACCUCACUAAGGAAAUCAAGGACACUGACAGCAGUACACUGUGGAGGUACCUUGUGGGCUUCAAGAACCUGCUUCGAAGUAUAGAAUGUAAGGGCAUAGCCUCCGUACUAGGUAUCAACUACUUCGCCACAGGUUACCUGCACCCUCGGGCUCACCAGAGGUACAUAUCCCACAUGAUCCUGGGCCGAGAUCUUCUGGACAACACGCUGAACUUGGUGCCCUCCCUCAUUCCGCUGCACAAAGACAUCAAAGAGGACAGCAUUGAGUACCAGGUGCUGGAGAGGAAGAACCAGAUGAUAGUGGACAACGGCCAGAGGGAGGGCAGCGUCAGCGAUGCUAUAGAGUACUUCGACCAGACAGCCACCCUCCUGGACAAGCUGCGAGCGGUACAGAGCCAGCUGCGACAAUACAUUAGGGAAGGUGUAACAGUGAGUUUGACAGAGGCUCGUCGUAGUGAGAUGGUGUGCGCUGGUAUCCUCGUACUUGUAUGUGUCGUGUCCCCCAUCAUCAUUGCACUGGUGCGGAACGCCGUCAAUACCAUUCAGGUUUACGCGAGAAAUCUGUCAGAGAAAGCGAGAGAAUUAGAGUAUGAGAAGGAGCUGAGUGACUCUCUUCUUUACCAGAUGCUUCCACCCAGCGUCGCCAAGCAACUGAAGCAGACUCAACAGGUUCCCGCUGAAUUUUUCGCUUCCGUUACGGUAUACUUCAGUGACAUUGUCGGGUUUACCGCCAUUGCUGCCGUGUCGACUCCUUAUCAGGUUAUAAGCUUCUUGAACUCGGUGUACAAGUUGUUCGACGAGCGGCUGGAAUGUUAUGACGUUUACAAGAUUGAAACCAUAGGUGACUCUUACAUGGUGGCUUCGGGGUUACCCGUUAGAAAUGGUAACAAACACGCAACGGAAAUCGCAAGCAUGGCGUUAGAGCUUCUGGAAGCGACUUCCAUGUGCCACCUACCCCACCGGCCUGAUCAGACCCUAUGUAUGAGGAGUGGCAUCCACACUGGACCCUGCGUCGCUGGUAUAGUCGGCAGCAAGAUGCCUCGGUACUGCCUCUUCGGUGACACCAUCAAUACUGCAAGCAGAAUGGAGAGCACUGGGGAACCAAUGAAGAUCCAAAUUUCCGAGGACGUAAAGAGGGCACUGGACAGGACUGGCCUAUUUGCAACUACUCCAAGGGGGAAGAUUGAUGUUAAGGGUAAAGGCGAGAUGAUGACAUACUGGCUAGAUGGACGAACUGGGCCGUCUCCAGUAAGGCCCACGUCACAAUCCCUGGACUGCACGCCUAGCUUCCUCGCCCGGAUCCACUCACAAGGACGAACGUCACCCAGAUACCGGCCAGAAUCUAAUCGACCUCAUUAUUAAUGUAACAUUUUGUAGAAUAUUCACGUUUAGUAGCAUAUUCUGAUGUCACAGUUAGCAGUCAAAGGUUAUU